CGCGUCACUGCGCUUGCGUGUAGUCAUGAUGUCACAAUCUCGCGUGAUGAGACUUGCGGCGUCGGGAUUUUCUGUGAGACAGGAGGCAAGGAGCUUGCAAUUUAAGAGCUUUGCGGGACAUAUGCAGCAUUUCAAUCUCUCCAGCUCACAAUGGACAAGAUUCUGGAAGGAUUGGUGACCUCUUCGCAUCCAUUAAAUCUGAAAAAAGUCAUAGUAAAGAAAGUUGUGGAAUCAGCUGAAAAUUCAGUCAGUGAAGAACAAUGCAAGGCCAUGUUUAGCCUUACUACUCGCUUAAUCUUGGAAGGACAGGAUCCCUUUCAGAAACAAGUUGGACACCAGGUGUUGGAAGCAUAUGCCAGAUACCAUCGGUCUGAAUUUGAGAAUUAUUUCAACAGGAACUUUGUUUUGAGCCUUCUGCAAGAAGGAUACAGAUCAUUAGAGCGCAAGGAUGUUGCUAUAUUAGACUAUAUCCAUAAUGGGUUGAAACUGAUUAUGAGCUGUCCCUCCAUUCUAGAUAUAUUUUCAGUCCUACAGGUAGAAGUGUUGAGAAUAGUCUGUGAAAGGCCAGAGCCAUUUGUAGCUGCAAGAUUAAGUGAACUGCUCACUGACUUUGUGCAGUGCAUUCCCAAAGGGAAAUUGUCCAUCGCAUUUUGCCAGCAACUCGUAAGGACAAUUGGACAUUUUCAGUGUAUAUCAACCUUUGAAAAGGAGCUGCGUGAAUAUGUUUCUCAAGUUACCAAAGUUAGUAAUUUGCUUCAAAAUAUCUGGAAGGCUGAGCCGUGCACUUUGCUUCCAUCGCUACAAGAGGUUUUCGCAAUUAUAUCAUCCACAGAUGCUUCAUUCGAACCUUCUGUGUCUUUAGCCAGCCUUGUUCAGCACAUUCCCUUACAGCUGAUCACUGUCCUCAUCAGGAGUUUGACCACUGACCCCAAUGUGAAAGAUGCAAGUAUGACUCAGGCUCUCUGCAGGAUGAUUGACUGGUUAUCCUGGCCCCUUGCUCAACAUGUGGAGACCUGGGUGAUUGCUUUGCUGAAAGGACUAGCAGCUGUACAGAAAUUUACUAUCCUCAUAGAUGUCACUUUACAGAAAAUUGAAUUGGUAUUUCAUAGACUGUGGUUUCCCUUGGUAAGGCCUGGUGCUUUGGCUGUCCUCUCCCACAUGUUGCUUAGCUUUCAGCAUUCUCCUGAGGCUUUCCAUAUGGUUGUUCCUCAUGUUGUGAGUCUGGUCCAAUCCUUUAAGAAUGAUGGUCUACCAACAAUUACAACGUUCCUAGCGCAGUUUGCUGAGCUGAUGCACUGUAUGAUUUACCAUUUUUCUGGAUUUCCAGACCUUUAUGAGCCUAUUCUAGAAGCACUUAAGGAUCUGCCGAAACCCUCUGAAGAAAAAAUUAAACUAACGCUAAAUCAAAGUGCAUGGACUUCUCAAUCAAGUACUUUGGCAUCUUUACCCAGAUUGUCAGGAAAAUCAGAAACUGGAAAAACUGGGCUCAUUAACCUAGGGAACACAUGUUACAUGAACAGCGUUUUACAAGCUCUCUUUAUGGCUACCGAUUUUAGGAGGCAAGUGUUAUCAUUAAAUCUGAAUGGUACGAACUCUUUGAUGAAGAAACUGCAGCACCUUUUUGCUUUCCUGGCUCACACUCAGCGAGAAGCUUAUGCACCUCAAACAUUUUUUGAUGCUUCUAGACCACCAUGGUUCACGCCACGAUCGCAGCAAGACUGUUCUGAAUACCUCAGGUUUCUUUUGGACAGAUUGGAUGAAGAAGAGAAAACCAUUAAGGCUCUUUGUUCCAAACUGCCUUUGGAUGCUUCAGUUCAUGACUGUAUUGUUGAAGAGUCUUCAGCUUCAGUCUCAGAUGACAUUUCUAAUCACUAUUGCACAAAGGGGAGCAAAGGCUGCGGCAAUAAAGAAAAAUCUUUAAUAGAAAAUAUGUUUGGAGGAAAGCUACAAACUAAUAUUUGUUGUUUGAACUGCAGAAGUACUUCUCAGAAAAGAGAAGCUUUCACUGAUCUUUCCCUGGCUUUUUGUCCUACCUUAGUUGACAAACCUGUACAGAGUACAUUAGGGUCCCCUAAGCAAAAGGAUGAUGACGACUGUAUAGAAACUGAUAUAGCUUCUUCUACACUUGCUCCUUCAACAGAAGAUGUUAAUGUUGGGCCUGAGAAUGAAAUAUCUGAAUGUGAAGAGGUGAAGACGAAUGUCAGUUGCGUUUUAGACAACUCCGUAUGUGCCAAUGCAAUUGAGUCUGAUGAAAUGCCAACCCAAAACAAUAGACGUGAAAGAACACUGUCUGUUACAGACUUGCUGAACUAUUUUCUGGCCCCUGAGAUACUUGAUGGUGAUAAUCAGUAUUAUUGUGAAAAGUGUGCUUCCCUUCAGAACGCUAAAAAGACUAUGCAAAUCAUGGAAGAGCCAGAAUAUCUCAUCCUAACACUACUACGGUUUUCAUAUGAUCCAAAGUGUCACGUGAGGCGUAAGAUCAUGGAUAAUGUAUCUAUUCCUUUGGUGCUGGAAUUGCCCGUAGAAAGAACUACCUCUCCAACUUCACCAGGAGAUUGGACACUAGAAACUGACAUCCCCGAUGUUAGUGAGAAUCUUGCUAAAAAGCUGAAGCCCUCUAAUACAGAGGACCUUUGCUGUUCACACCCAGUACCCUAUGUUUUAAGUUCUGUUGUGGUACAUUCUGGCACAUCAUCUGAAAGUGGCCAUUAUUAUUCAUAUGCCAGAAAUGUUACAAGCACAGAAAGAUGUCUUUAUGCUGAGAAAUCCUGCUAUUCUCACGGUCAGCUGGUAGAAAGAGAAACUGGCAGCUCGGUUAUGACACACAAAGACACACAAUGCAAUGAUAUCUCAAAGGAAUGGUUUCUCUUUAAUGACAGCAGAGUAACAUUUACAUCUUUCCAAUCUGUUUUAAAUAUCACCAGUAGGUUUCCAAAGGACACUGCAUAUGUGCUUAUAUAUAGAAAGCAUAACUUUGGCAAUUUAAAUUGCAUCCAGCCUAGUUCAGCAAAUGGACUCUGGGUAAAUGGUGAACCGCCACUUCAGAAGGAGCUCAUGGAUGCAAUUACAAAAGAUAAUCUCCUAUAUUUACAGGAACAAGAACUUAACGCCCGCGCUCGUGCUCUGCAAAACACUUCCGCCUCCUGCUCAUUUCGGCCUAAUGGAUUUGAUGACAAUGACCCUCCAGGGAGCUGUGGCCCCAGUGGAGGUGGUGGAGAUGGAGGAUUUAGCACCCUUGGCCGACUUGUCUUUUAAUGAGGCAACAAGAUACAUAUAUACAUUUUUUUUCUCUGAAGAAUUGUGGAAAAAUGCACUGAAGCCAACUCAAUGGCCACAUUGACUGUAUAGUUUGUUUGGUAUUGUUACCCUGUUGUUUUUCUAAUGUCCAUGAACACGUUAGGCAGCUUUAUUUAUUUCCUACAGAAAAUCAUAACUGAUAGACACCUCUGUGGGCACAGAUUAAUACAUUGCUGUCUUAUCCGUAAAAGAGGUUGCCGAAAAGCUGCAGUAGAUUCCUAAUAUAAAUGCAGGCAACUGGAUCCUACUAUAUCCUAGUGGGAUCUGUUUUUUAAUUUAGUCAGAUCUGUAUCUAUUAUAUUGAACGCACUGUUUUUUUGGGGGGGGGGGUUUCGUCUUUAAAAGCUGAAAGCUUUAUGGUGCAUUUUAUACCGAAAGCAAUAAUUUCCACAUUUGUCUGCAUUUUUUUCCCCUAAAGCAGGGUAAUUACUUUCCUUUAAAAUCUUACUAGUAAAGAUAUCUGAGGAUGUGUGCGUAUAUACAUUUAUCAAAUCACUUUUAAGGACAUAGCAUGUUCUGCUAAAAGCUUCUCCCCUGUGUUUUAACCAUAAGAAAACUUUAUAGUAUUUCUAUUUCAAGAAUUUUUUGUUAAAAAAAAAAAUAAUUAUACUUCAGGGAAUACAUCUGCUGUGUGACAGAGGGAAAGUAAUUUAUGUGCCUUGCAGUACUGUACAUCAAGAAUCCAUUGGCUUGCAGAGUAUCAUGGGUUAUAUUCUACAUUGUCAACAUUACAAUUUAAAGUUGCUUUUUCUUUAAAAGUAAAACAGUGGUCCUGUGUGUGUGUGUGUUAAAAACAUUAUUGCUUGAAUAUGUAAAAAGCAAAAAAUCCCUGUCCCAGCAUGAAUAUGAAAUGUUUGUGAUUUCUGAAAGUAUAAAAGUGGCAAAACUGGUACAAUCAA